GGAGUGGUUUUAAGUUACACAAUUUAGGAACAAUCAGAAAAAGUGCUGUUGCAUUAUUUGUAACUUUGUUUAUAAUUAGACAAGGCUAGACUUUCUAAUACUUAUUUAAGCAUGUUAACACAUUUUUAGCCACAUGCAGUAACCUGAAACCUAUCAAUAUUAAUAUACCACUAUUGCGAGUAGUGGUACAGAAAAAAAAGGUUUAACCAUAAGCCGCAGUGAACUUUAAGGACACGGUUAUUGGUAAUUUAUUGCCAUUAUUAUAUAUGGAUUAAUGAGAGAAAUGUCUAUGUGACAAAUCUUAUGUGAUGAUUAUUGAUCUCAGUUGUGUGGUUAAUGAAUUAUCGACUGGAGGAAUUAUAUGUGUAUGGAUAAGAAGUUAAAUGCCAAAAGCCCAGAUGCCAUGACAGAUGUUGAAUGUUCCGUGGUGUUAGAGGACUUUGUAAACUCUGGUCGUACAGGAAGGAGGAAUGCCGUACCAGAUAUUCUGGACGAGAAGGCGGCAGCAGUGUCAACAGGAGGGCUUCCUUUUGACAUGGAAAAAUUAAAUUGUUCAGAUGACAGCAAACCAGAUUCCAAGCCUCCGUCAGAGGGAGAGAAAAGUCAAGGUCAAGGGUCAUAACAGAGAGAAGAAAUAUGUAGAGAAAAUCGUCAUCCUGGAGUGACAGCUCUUCAGUAGUCCAAAGUCUUUCAGAACUACAUUUAGAUUUACUGCUAGUCAACACAGUGUUCAGAAUCAUUAGCCUUAACAUGCCACUAAACACUUAGUUUUGGUAUAGAGUGAUUUUUCACAGUUCAGAAAAAAACUUAAAACAUGAUUAUCAUCAUUGCUAGAAAUGACAUUGUGAAGAUUACCAAAGGUCAUGUGCUAUUUUCAUAUGUGCUUGUUUGACAACUUUUUGUGGGAAAAUGAAUGUUAUAUAAUUUAAAGGAAAUAUUCCUUUAAUAAUUAGAGUGUGACAUUUUUAUACCUUUUAACAUGUGGUGUAAAUGGACAGUUAUGUUGUUUAAAGUAUGAUGAGUUUGAUCAAAGGAAAGGGUUCAGGUAAUGUGAACCCCAUUUCUUCUGUAAGAUUAAGAAAUCCAUGAGGAAGUAAGUAAAGGUCUAUCUCUUAUGUACAUCCCCUUCAUCCCAGACCACUCCUAUUUCCUAGAGGUUAACUUGAUUCUUACAGUUGCUUGAUCUGCCAGUGAGAUGUUAUCUUCAAAAUCCUUCAAAUAUACAUGUACUGUAAAUUCAGAAAAUUUUGUACAUUUUUUUUUGCCUUGCACAAUUAAAAACUCGUAUAUAUUUAAAAUUUGAUAACAUCAUUUUUGUGUAGCAUUUCCUUAAAAAGCAAUAAUUAAUCUACAUUUUUAUGUCUAUUGAUCUGCAAAGUAAUAAUGAAUUUACAUCGUUAUGUACACUUAUUUAAAACCAUGUUUAGUCUACAGUUUGACUGUCAUCUUCAGAGAGGGAUGGUGUUUAGGGGGGAGGGGCUUUUAGUCAGAAAAAUACAGUUGUUUAUAUAGUGAAUCAUUUUGCAUGACUGCAGUGGGCUGCCUCUUUGGCAGUAAGUGAAAAUUUAUAGAUCUGAGGCAGAUUUAGGGGAAACCAGGGCCCCAUCUUUGUAGAAAAAUUCGUUGUUUUUUUAGGGACUCACUGAAGCAGGCUGCAUUUAUGGAAGUCAGAACACCUCCACCUCCUUCAUGAAAAUUUAUAGAUCCACAUUGAGAUCAGAUCUUUAAAUUUUUAAUUAAACUCUUUAGGUGUUUGGAUAAUUUAUUAAGGUGGUGUGCAUAAGGUUUUGUAACGAUAAUCAAGAAUUAUGUAGCCUCCUCCUCCAAGUUUCUAAAUCAGCUUACAAACUUCUACUUCUACCCCCCACUCCAUCCCCCAAGUUCAAAGUUACUCAAAGCAUUGCUUGUUUCUUCACAUGGUGUAAUAAUUGACAACGAAUUGAAACUUAUUUAAAAAAAACCAGCCCCCAUGUUGACCUCUAAAAGCCUUUUGUUUAAUGUCUCUUUUAUGUAUACCCAAUAUCUCUUUCCAAAACACUUUUCCAGUAAUUUUCAUGAGGGAAAUAUCUGAUGUGAUGUGAACAACAUGAAAAUAAAAGACAUAUCAAAACUUAAAGAACAUGUUGUGUAUCAAAUUAUGACAGUUUCAGUUUUAGAACAAUUUGUUUAUUUUAGAUUUUAAUUGUAAAGGUUUUAUUGUGGCAUAGUGGUAUAAUUUUUUGGUAAACUUUUUAUCUAGAUGUUUACUUUAGAUUUAAGGGUUAUGUUUAUAUGAUCAAUAUGAACAUAUUGGGUAUCCGUAUCCGCAAUCCCCUGAGUGUUUGCAUCCUGAGGAGAAUCAAUGCAAGAUGUAAGCAGUGGAUUAGUAAAAUGAUGAUCUGAUUCACACAGAGGGAUAAUGAUCUGCGGAGGAAACUUUCCCACAGUUUAUAUUGUUUCUUUAAUUUCUUCUCAGGAUUCAUAUCCCUCUGUGGAUUUUGGAUCCGGAUAACCAAUGUGAUAAAACAAAUAUUAUGUUUUAGGGCAGUAACAUUAAAUUACAUCAAGUAGCUAAGAGUCAGACAUUGAACUUUUUAUUCAUUAUUUAAAUAUUUCAUUAGAAUGUUUGUCUAUACAUUUAUCAUCUUACAUCAUUAAUCUUAUUAUUCUCUUAUAAAUUGUAUUUUAAUGAUUUUCAAUAUUAUACUGGUACUUGUAUAUUGAAAUAAAGUUUUAAAACAACCACAUUUUAUUGUCGACACAAUGCAUUUUUCAUGACUUGUAUAUAAAUCUGUGUUAAUGUACAAUAUGUAUUCAAAGGGAGAUAAUUAUCAGAGUUAUCUCGUUUUGUGGGUUUUUUAAACAAUGUACAAUUUCUUUGAUAACACAAUGUAUACUUGAAUUUAUAGCUGUUUUUUCAUUCAUUUUAAAUAGUUCAUUUAUUAUAAGAAAUGCUGUUAAAAGUAGAUCUAUAUUUUAUUUAUGACAUCAGUUGAAAUCCAUAUUUCUGAAGUAGUUGAAUGUUAUAUGAUUCAUUUCUGUACUAAAUCCAUAUUUUCCAAAUGUAUAAGAGUUGUCUGUCUUCUGAAAAGGUUUAUAGGUGAAUGAAUGGAUAAAUGAGUGGACAGAUCGAUGUAAAGCACAAUGCAUAUUCUAGAGGAGAUGAAUAAGAAAUAUUUGCUGUGCUUGACUGGCACACUGAGCUGGAUAUGUAAUGUACUAAUUACUGCAACUUACUAGUCUUUGGAUUAAGGAAAGUGUGGAUAAAACUAGUAACAUUUUACACUCUGUCCAACUACCCUUUCAAUGAAACAAUAGAAGCAGUUGGUUUAUAAAGAAAACUUCUUUCAUCUAUUCAAUAUAAGACAGGAGAAUGAUUUUGAAGAUCAGAUGAAAAAUGUUUUACAAAAAUCUUCCAAGUUUUGUUGAAUAUAAAUAAUUUUCUGAUAGCCACUGAUGCUUGGAUCUUCCCUCUGUACUGAAGGGGACAUGUAUUGCGACUGUAGUUUGAAACCUACUUUUCUGACAGCCAUGCUUUUCCUUAUAAUUAAUGGUAAUUGGAAAGAACCCUUUUUGGUUCUGACAUUAUCUGUAUGGAAGGCUAAACAUAGUCUUCUUACUUUCUUUGAAAGAAGGAGAAUGUAAGUUGGAACUAAAACCAAAUGAACAAUAUAUUGAACCUCUGACUGCUGGAUCACUGAAAAACUUUACUAGUAGAAAUACUUAAGUUAUAUGCUUUUUUGUUCAUCCAGGAACUUUAACAUGUUUACAUAUGUUUUGUUGUUAUCUUGCUUCCUUUUGUAAUAAUUUUGUUCAUACUAUAAACAUUUUUAAUGUAUUUGUUUCUAUUUGUGUAUAUUAUUCAAAUUUGAUGAAAUAAAGUUUUUAAAAUACUA